CUUGAAGGCGUUCAUGAGGACCUAUGUGACAAAAAGGAAGCAGUGGCGACAGACAGACAGCCGUCAUGAUGUGAGGACCUUCGUAUGUGGGGCAGACUAAUAAAAGAGGAAGCCACAUGUCAUGAAGUCCCACAAUAAGCUCAGGCUUAAAACAGAAAUUUCCCAGUGAAGUGACACUCCUGAGAUAAAAAGGAUUCAUUUUCCAUGUGGCUUCAGUAAUAAUGCUUCUGUUUUGGCUCGUGCUGUGGGUUCUGCUCCCUGAUCUGGUUUUCUUGUCUGGUUUUGACCGCUGUACACCCAGUGACAGCAGCAGCUCACAGAACGUGUCUCCGCUGUUGGAGUCCUUACAAUGUUAUAAUGACUACCAGUCUUAUGUCCACUGCAUAUGGAGGGAAGGACCACACAAGCGCUCCCCACUGCAGCUCUGGUUCAAGAAUGGAACUGGGCAGUCUUUGUGUCAGCCGUAUGGUUCACCACUCCCAGAUACAGAUGAGUACUGGACUGUCCAGUGCAGAUAUGAACCAUCUGCAUUUGCCAUUGGAAUCAAACACACAGCCUUCUUCAAGAACGGCACAUUGUCUGUCUGUUCAUCUGUCCCACACAAGCAUGUGCAGCUUUCUGAGCACUUGACAGUGCUUCCGCCGGUGAAUCUGUCCACACAUGAUGCACCUGACGGAGGUCAACUGCUUCAGUGGUCCAGCUCCUACGCCUCCCCCUCCUCCGUGAACAGAAAGCUCACUUAUCAGAUCAGCUACAGGGCGCAGAAACAGGGCAGCUGGACUACUGUGGAUGCCAUGAGCACCCACGUGACACUGGAGAAGGAGCGUUUGGUGGCAGGGUGCAGGUAUAAAGCCAGAGUGAGGGCCAGAGCCCAUGUGGGUCACUGGAGCAGCUGGAGUCCAGUGGUCACCUGGAAAACUGCAGAACAUCCUGAGCAGUUUCCCAGUCUGGACUGUGUGCUGCACGGAGAGAAGGGGGUGAAGUGUGGAUGGGAGGUGAGCAAAGAACUGGCUGACUUCAUUACCUACCAACUCCACUGUCGGAACAACCAGACUGCAGUGUCUCAGAGUUGUUGUAUUGAACCCACAGUCACCGCUGACCACAGGGAGGCAGUACUGAGGUACAGCUGCUUUCUCACCAAUGCUGACCCUGAACAUAUGCUGCUGGAGCUCCGGCCUAAAUACAGCGCAAAGACCUUCAAGGCCCACCAGCACAUUCGUCCGGCCCGCCCACAGCAGGUGGAGGUGAAGGAGAAAGAUGGGAACUGGUUUGUGAUGUGGAAAGAACCAAACAUCACUUCAACACUCGAUCUGUAUUACCAGGUGUGCUACUACCCCAAAGAGCAGCAGGAUUGUAGUGUCCCAGUGAAUAUUUCAGAGGGGUCGCGAUCUUUGAACAUCCUGGGAGCAUCUCUGGCCUCAUCCCAGCACUACCAGGUCAAAGUGAGAUCCCUGGUUGUCCCUGGAAGUGGUCCGGAGAUGAAAGGAAUCCCUUCUGAAUGGACUGAUCCUGUGGACUGGACCUCACAUGCAGCGGUCUGGUCCUUCAGUACUUACCUGUAUAUCGUCAUCAGUGUGGUUGCAGCUGUGCUCUCCCUCACACUCUACUGCAUCAUCCCAACUUGCCAAAGGAGGGUGAUACUGUGGGUGGAUUCCAUUCCAUCUCCAAGGAAGAGUAAAACCCUGCAUGAGAUCAAGUCCACCAAAAGCCUCAUGACCCGCAUGCAGAGAGAAGUGCAGGAUGUGGACAGCUUAUCUACCUGCUACUCAGAUGUAUCUUUCUGGUCGACUAAGGACACUGAGAAGGAACAUCUACAGCAGGAGGAGGACUGCUGGAACUAUAAGAACCUGUCCCCCAACUGUGAGACAGGAAAAAGCUCUGAGAUGUCCUCAGUGAGCUUCAGCGGGCCGUAUAUCUUCUGUCAGCCACAACAGCCCCACAAAGACGCAGUGGAUGUCCAGCAGGAAGAGAAAGACGAAGGAACCAAGUUGGACAGCACAGUGCCUCCUACCUUGAGCCAGUUCACCCUAUAUGGUGGAGGUUAUGUGUGUCUGCCCAACCCCGCUAUCGCCAGGUCCACAGAGGAACUUGUACCGCAGAGCAAUGGCAGCAAAAAUGAAAAGCAGGACCUGCAAGAUGCCACACAGGACAACCAACUAGACCCUAAGGAACCUGCCAGCAGCAACCCCAUACUGGUCCACACAAAUGGACCUUUCACCGCCUGGCCUCAGGAGGACGUCACACUGCACUCGGGGUACUGGGUUCUCCCCUGAGAAGCCCAAAGGACAGUGAAGUAAACGGCAACAUGCCUGCACAAGCUUUUUAAUAAUCACAAACCAGCACUUAGCAGCUAUCAGGUGGACAAUUCCACAGAAGAGAGUUAGUGCAGGAAGCAGCUACUGGUACGAGACUCGCAUCAAAGGUGGAAGUGGUUAAAGGUGUGAGAUAUUUCCAUGAUGCACUAACACUCUGGGCAACUGUGUCAGAAGCGAGCAGUACUAGCAAUGUAUUGCAGUACUACCACCUGUGGCGGCUGUAUAGGCAUUUGUCUAGACCACCAAACACCAGGGGGCGCCAGCAGCAUGACUUUGUUGGGGUGCAAUCUUCUGUGGUGACACGUAGUGUAUCUUCUUUUCCUUUCUGCAGCAGAAUAAUGUCACAGACUUUAUUAACGAUGGUAAUGUCGCAACAUUAUUAACCCAACCAGUAUUAUAGUUGUUAAUAGUUGCACACUUGCCUGUAUAGGUCAAUUUGGAAAAAAAAAAGUAGUCAGGUCAGCCCUAUUUCCACUAUACUAACUCAGUAUUGUAUCUGUGUUUUUACUUGCAAUCUCACAGGAUUUCCACCAAAAAUCAAAAUACUGACAAGUUGUACUAAAAGAUGAACAGUUUUACAAUGUUCAAAUUAUUAUUUUUUUUAACGAAUGCUCACAUAAAGUAGUGGUAGUGCAGCACAAUGUUUAUCACAGCAUGGCAUUACUGGGUUCUUUCAUAGCCACUCAGAGUGUCAAAGCGCCACUGCGCAUGUGAAAAUAUCUCGUACCCGUAGCCACGUCCAAAACAGAGUGGUUUCAUCAGUGUUGUUCUUUUAAACUUGUAGACAUAUAACAUGAAAUAUCAUGUUAUAUGCCAACAGAGGUGUCAAAUUCGGCUUCAGAAAGUAAAAACCCUUUCAUGUGUUGCUUCUACCUGUGCACCUAAAACAGGUGAUCUCAAUAAUUAGCUCAUCCACCUGCCUGAAGAGCUGAACUAAUUACAGUCAGCUGGUUUAUUGGGAAGAUGGAACGGUGAUUUGACACCUCUGCCUGCCAAUAGGAAAGGCAGGGGGCAGAGUCCAUCCCUCUCCAACAAACAGGAACCAGCUGGUGGGCGGCAGGGUGGUGGAGGGAGCAUCGAGCGGAGAACUGAAAAACAGUGAGAGAUAAAGUAGACAAGGGAGCUUUUAAAGGAUGUACCUGCAUGUUAUUGGUGUCUGGUGGUGAUUAGCGCUGGCAUCUGUGAAUAUUUGCACGGCUGUAGACAAUUAGCUGAUUCGGAGAAAUGCUGAGUCCCUUAGUAGAACUGAUGCAACGCUUCAUUUCCAAGACACUGAUUACAUCUUGAAUUUCAUUUGCCUCAGUUAUUAAGAAAUACUAACUGUAUGGUACAGUAAAUCUGACCGGAGGUGGCAGUUCC